CUCAUGAGCAACAUAAAUGUCCUGGAUUCUAGAUACUUCCAAAGAGCAGACCAAUCUGACGCAGCUUGUUUCUUCUAUCCUAAUAUCCCACUAGGACGACCUGUUAUAUUCCCUGGACAAUGCGACCCUAAUAUAAAUGUUGUUGCUAGUUUAAAUUUGAACGAUUUCCAAGGUCCAUGGUACCUGAUCCAGACGUACUAUGCAGAACGGCAAUCAGGCUCUUGUAAUCGUGCCAGAUACACUCUGAAUGGAACUGUUUUGAACUUGGAAAACAGUCAUGUGGUGAACCAAAGCCGACUCUCAGUUUCAGGAACAGCGACAUCUCCUACUGGGAAUGGAAAAUUACUUGUGAACAUCGGAACAAAUCCAGUCGUCAACUAUUGGAUUAUUGGAACAAAUUAUAACUCGUACGCUCUGGCUUAUAGUUGUGAAAAUUUGGACAGCGAAAGACGAAGAGUUUGGAGCUGGAAACUAAGUCGUUCACCUACGAUGAGUAAUGCAGAUACUCAAGUUAUAAAUAAUCUAAUGAGCAACAUAAAUGUACUGGACGAUAGAUACUUCCAAAACACAAACCAAACUGACGCGGCUUGCUUCUACUAUCCUGAUAUCCCACUAGAAGAACCUGUUAUAUUCCCUGGACAAUGUGACCAAACUCUUCCUGUAGUAACGAACUUCAAUAUAACUGCUUUCCUUGGUACUUGGCACCUCAUGGCUACUUACUACGACCACCGGCAAUCAGGCACAUGCAACGUUGCAAGGUACUCCAUGAAUGGUAACGUCAUCCAAUUGGUGAACAGCCACGUCGUUAACGGAACGCAAUUGAGCACAUCCGGGACUGCAGUAGCCAGUGCUGAUGGAAGUGCCAAACUUAGGGUCACGAUAGGAAAUAACAAUGUCGAUUAUUGGAUCUUAGCAACAGAUUACAACGACUAUGCCCUUGCUUAUAGUUGUACUAACUUAGAAAACAAUUACCGCAGAGUUUACAGUUGGAAGCUCAGUCGGACCAAGAAUCUGACUCAAACAGCUAAUAACGCAAUGAACAACGUCAUCAAUAACAUUAAUGUGUUAGACGAGAGAUACUAUCAGAGUACAAAUCAGACAGAUGCUGGUUGCUUCCACCUGCCUGAAUUUGCUGCAGGUCAAAAGGUUGUACUGCCAGGUCAAUGCGACGAGAAUAUACCUGUAGUUGCCAAAUUUGAUGUGGAAAAAUACUCUGGAACAUGGUAUCAAAUCCAGAGGUAUCCUCAGGUAUUUGAAAAUGGCAGUUGCACGGGAGCAAGAUAUACAUUGAAUGGUGACGUUGUUACUGUAUUGAAUUGGCAACGAGUCAAUGGAGAAUUGGACACUAUUGAAGGAAAUGCUACAAUCAUCUCUGCUGAUCAAAGUGCUAAACUGAGAGUCGUUUUACCAUCUCGAGCACCUAAUGCAACUCCUGGCCAAACCACCUCAUUUGAUCUGUACGUCCUUGACACUGACUAUGAGACUUACUCACUGGCCUAUUCUUGCGUGAACACAGAUGCCUAUCACCGUGCGAUUGGUGCUUGGAAGCUCAGCCGCAGACGGACCAUGUCACCAGCCGGGAACAACGCCAUCGACUGCUACAUGGAAAAUCGCAUGGAGCUCGAGAAUAGAUACUUUAUUGACGUAGAACAAAACGACUCCUGCCCUGAGCCCAGCUCAGCUAUGCUAUUCAAGAGUAGCGUCACAGUAUUAUGCGCUUUGUUUUUAGGUCUUCUUAACUUGUCAUAGAUUAAGGGUUUGUAUGCCUGUGAAUGCCUCUGUUUAUUUAAUAAAUGUUUAAUUUUAACGACCGGUAAAGACCGGCUGUGACGUCGCAUAUAUAAGUUAUGGGUGUGUUUGAAUAGAAAUGUGAGUUAAAUUAAGAAUAAUGUAUUUAUUAAUUGUGAAAGCGAAUAUAUUAUAUGUAAAA